GAUCAACCAAGUGAAGGGACUUAUUUUCUUUUUUCCAAUGAUUCGGAAUUCAAGACCCACUACACUAUUGGGUCUUCAUAUAAUAAAAGGCCCAAUAAAAGUCUCCAGAGGAAACAAAACUAAUCGAAACGACGAAACAGUUAAGGUAACAAAGUAAACAAACACGAUUCCCAAAACACGAAGAAAGAUAAAGCAAAGAAAAAAAAAGAAAGAUGAAGAAUGUGAAUCGAGUCUUCUUCUGCAAAUCACUAUCUCUCGUCUUCCUCGUUCCUUCUUUCACUCGUUCUCAUAUCCGAUUUACUUACUCCGCCGCCGGUGCUUCUUCUCCUAAUCGAGCUAUUCACUGCAUGGCUUCCGAUUCCCCUCAAUCCGGAGAUGGUUCCGUCUCUUCUCCUCCUAAUGUCGCGGCUGUUCCCUCUUCUUCUUCUUCUUCGUCCGCUUCUUCCGCCAUUGAUUUCCUCUCUCUCUGUACUCGUCUCAAGACAACUCCAAGAGCUGGAUGGAUUAAGAGAGAUGUGAAAGAUCCAGAAUCUAUAGCGGAUCACAUGUAUCGGAUGGGUCUUAUGGCUCUAAUUUCUUCAGAUAUCCCCGGUGUUAACAGAGACAAAUGCAUGAAAAUGGCGAUUGUUCAUGAUAUUGCAGAAGCCAUUGUAGGAGACAUUACACCUUCUUGUGGGAUAUCUAAAGAAGAGAAAAACCGAAGAGAAAGCGAAGCACUUGAGCACAUGUGCAAACUCUUGGGUGGAGGCGAAAGAGCAAAAGAAAUCGCUGAGCUUUGGAGAGAAUACGAAGAGAACUCUUCACCUGAAGCCAAAGUUGUUAAAGAUUUCGAUAAAGUUGAGCUGAUACUACAAGCUUUGGAAUAUGAACAAGAUCAAGGGAAAGAUCUAGAAGAGUUUUUCCAAUCAACAGCAGGGAAGUUCCAGACUAAUAUAGGCAAGGCUUGGGCGUCGGAGAUUGUUUCAAGAAGACGAAAGCAACAUUAGUUCUCACUUGACUCUUUCUUUUUGUUUCUUAACGUCUAGCUCAGUGGAGUUCAAAUACUCGUACGUUUCAAAUUUAAUCAUCUUAAGGUUUUUCUAAUAAUCUUCGUAGCUGUCUUUACUUGUUUUGUUACUAUCACUAAUAAAAGAUAGCUAGCUAGUGACUAUCUUAUAGAUAGCUAAUGAAGAUCAAAAAACUUAAUCAAGCUCUUAAAUUUUAUUUUAAGAAAGUAUCAUUGGUUCCUCAAUAUAAAUUUUCGGAUCGUUAA